AUGACCAACGUUCUAGAAUUUCUCCACUGCAACGAGCCUCAGUUCCGCAAAAGCCGUCUCCCAGCGCUUUAUUCCGACUUUCGUCACCUUCGCAAAACGAACCCCGAUGGAUUCAUAGCUAAUAUUACCGCAUGGCUUAGGAGUCUUGCCCAUGCAGCUCGUGCUGGAGCUCUUCCAUCACCCGAUAGACUAUCUUUAUCUCUUACCACUGAGCUCUUGCACGCAUUCGAGACAGAGAAUGGGCGACCCUUAGCACUAGGAGCUGUCAUUCAAGAAGGAAUUACGCGCGGUGAAUUACUACAACUGCAAUAUUUUAAGAAAAUGCAACAAAAUAUUUAUCACAAGGGUAGCUGGGUAAUACAACCAUGGGAUAUUUUGACAUGGAGUCUAAGGCGACUGGGUAUAAGUACAGAGGGUGAAGAUGAUGAUUAUUAUAGCAUAGGGAAGGUAGUAAUAGUAGAGAAUCUGGAAAUUGCGGGAAAAGAAGCCCAAAAGAGGUUUGGGGAACUCAAAAGUAGGUCAGAGAAGGUAUUUACUCGAAAAUGUUUUGCAGAAAAAUUUCAAAAUAUCCUUGGUCUCAACGCAAAUUUAUCGGAAUCUGACAUGGAGUUAUUUCUCAAGUUUCUAGCGCGAGAUAAAGGCUUCAUAUCGUAUAACUCAGAAAUAGUGAAAUUAAGGUCAGCUGAUGAAGCAGAUCUGAUCACUACGGAAGACACAACUAUAGCCUCUUUAAAAUCUUUGAUUCAGGAUUUAGAUGCAAAGAUCUUUUAUCUAUCAGAGCGGCUAGCUAGUUUAGAUGCAGCAGCUAAAGAAGCAGUUACAAAUAAAAAUCGCGAGGCAGCAAUUGUGGCUCUUCGUUCAAAAAAAGGAUUGAUAAAGACGCUUAAUGAGCGACAAGGGACGCUAUUGCAAUUGGAAAACGUACUCUCAAGUAUCGAAAAAGCUGCGGAUCAAAUUGAGUUGGUGAAGGUCAUGGAAGCUAGUUCACAAGCUCUUGCAAACCUUAGCAAAGAAGCUGGUGGAAUUGAUAAGGUAGAAUACGUCGUUGGCCGAUUGCAACAAGAAAUGUCACUCGUCGAUGAGAUAACUACCAGCACAGGGCUUGGGUUUAAUGAUAUCAUCCAAGAUAUAGAAGUUGAUGAAGAGUUAGAGUUUAUGGAAAAAGAAGAAAGAGAGAAGGCGACCAAAGAUCGUGCAAAUCGAGAACAAAAGGAGGCUGCCGAGACGAAACAGAUAUUGGAUGCGUUGAAUGAUGCUGGAAUUUCAGCUAAAGACGAUCGAAGUACACAGAGUAAAGGGCCAGAACUGAUAUCAAAUGAACAAUCAAUCUCGAUUGCAGCAGUGGAAAAACCUAUUUCAGAGUGA